AGUACGCACACGCGUUUGAAAAUAACCAGUAACCUUAAAUUAGAUCUAAAAACCUCAAACUUAAUUCGGAAUUACAUCUUAUUGAAUUAUUAUUAAUUAACUAAUAAUGAAAAUUAAAAAAGAACCUGGUAGUAAUCAUUUUACUCACAUUUUUUACAGUGAUGACUCAAAUGAUGAUCAAGAAACGAAUACAAAUGAGGCCAAUGGCAACAAUUUGUCGAACGAAGAUAAUGAAGAAGAAGAAACUGGUCCUAUUCUUCCUGGAGGUCAUAGACUAGAUAAAAAAUUCUACUGCAUAAAAUAUCCUGGCAAAGUUAUUAAUCCGGACAAAGCUAUUGAAAGUUUAGGAGGACUGGGCUCAAUAUCAUCAACAAUCAGUACUCCGAAUCGUCGAUUAGAAUUAAGAUUGAGACCAUCUGAUGUUUAUUGCAAACCAGCAUGCGGUGAUCGACAUGAAGUAUCAGGUUUCUUAUUACGUAUCCGUGUUAAAAAAUCACGGAUAAAAAAAGCUAAAGACUCAGAAAAAGAACAAGAAGUACGAAAUUAUCGUAAUUUAUCACCAGCAUUGAUUCGUGAUUCAUCAAAACAAGAUGCGAUUGACGAUGAAAAUUCAUAUCGAAAUGAAAUUAAAAAUUUAUCCAAAGAAUUACGUAACUGCGAAAUAGAUGCAGAACAAAAUGAAAAUAAAACAGCUGAUAAUAAUGAUAACAAUGAACCAUCCAAUGACCAGUCAUCUGUAAGUCCAUCUAAAAAUAUACCAUUGAAAAUAAAUUAUAAUAAACAUGAAGAUUUAUCAAAUGAGAACGAUUAUGAGUUACCAAAAUUGAAAAUACUUGGACGUGUUGUUAUGGAAUUCUGUUUUACGAGUCUCAUUGAUUUUCAAUAUACUCCAGUAACACAGAAUUUGAUUGAUCCCAAGAAAAGAGAAUGUAUUUAUGAUUUACUUUGUCCCAAAGGAAUCAUAACUCCUGAAUGGUUAGAUGAUGAGGUACCGUAUUUUCUUCCUCCUGCUGUUUUUAGUCGUAUGGAUACCGUACAGCAGUACAAUAUGAAAUCUGAUUUAAUAAAAGAUGCAGAAUCAGAAAAUAUUGUUAACAAAACUAGAAAAAGACGAGCAGGAUUUGCUCAUAGUAUCCCAUUUACUUCACCAACGAUACCGUCAACACCAAAACCAGGAAUUGAUGUCGCGAUGAAAGUUAAAUAUUUAACAAAUGAUGAUUAUAAAUACAUACAUUCAUUAUUUGAAGAACGUCCUAUAUGGUCUAAGACAGCAUUAUUAUCUAAGACAGAAUAUAAUAAGGAUCAGUUACGUAUUUUAUUACCUAAAGUCGCUUAUUACUUUACCACUGGACCGUGGAGAAUAAUGUGGGUACGAUUGGGUUACGAUCCACGUAAGGAACCAUCAGCGAGAAUAUAUCAGACACUUGAUUAUAGAUUGAAAGCUAUGCAUGGUUUAGAACAGGCUGUUAAGGGAAAAAAAGCUUGUUCUAAUUUUAUGAUACCUUAUAAAUCGGCAUCAGUCGCAAAAACACUGAAAACUGCAACGGCAAAGGUGCCAGAGGUUAGACAUAAAAGUAAAGCAAAUCAGUAUAGUGAAAAUGAUUAUAUUUAUAGAGAAGGAAAUAUUCCACCUUCGAGACAAACUUUGUAUCAGUAUUGCGAUGUACUCACUGAUGAGGUUCAAGAAAUGUUUGCGAAACUACCGGAUCCAAUGCCUGGUGUGAAAUGCGACGAAAAACGUGGAUGGUUACCACUGGGUUUCAGUGAUCAUUGUCGGGAAAUAAUGAAUAAACAAGUUUUAGUUGUAUUAAGAAAAAAAAUGAAUAUUCCAACAAAUUAUCCCACGACACUGCCACGGAAACGAAGAGUCCCAAGUACUUUGAAGCUUAUGAAGGUAAAAAAUGUAAAGAAGAGAAAAUUGUUGGAAAAGAAGAAAAAAGAGUUAUUGAAAAAGCAGGAAGAAAGUGGAAAAUCGGAUUAAAUAAUUUUGUUUUUCAUUAUUUAGACGACAUAUUAUAGCAGUAAAUAAAUUUUUAUAAAUAAAAAAAACGAUGAAAAUAGUGAGUUAUAUAAUUUGUAUUUUUAUUGCUUAUUGUUAUAAUAGUAAAAUAGUAGGCUGAAUUCCUGUAUGAAUUUUUUUGAUGGAUAUAUUGAUGGAUAUAUAUUUAACUUGAUGAAUAAAGUUCAAUUUUA